AUGAUUCCAUGGAAGAGGCUCUGCUGGCGAUAUCACAUGUGGGCCCUUGGCUGUUAUAUGCUUCUGGCCAUCGUUGCUCUGAGAGUUUCUCUCAGAUUGAAGUGUGAUUUUCAACAUCUGGAUCUGGACUUCAGGGAAUUCCAAAGCCAGUACUGCAAGGAUAUCUUGUACAAGUCCCUGAAGCUGCCAACAAAGAGGGCUAUCAACUGUUCGGGGGUCACUCGAGGGGACCAAGAGGCGGUCAUCCAGGCUAUACUGGAUAACCUGGAAGUUAAGAAGAAGCGGGAGCCUUUCACAGAUGCUGACUACCUCACCGGAACCAAAGACUGUGAGCACUUUAAAGCCAAAAGGAAGUUCAUACAAUUCCCACUGAGCAAAGAAGAGACAGACUUCCCUAUUGCAUACUCUAUGGUGGUUCAUGAGAAGAUUGAAAACUUUGAAAGGCUGCUGCGAGCUGUGUAUGCCCCUCAGAAUAUAUACUGUGUCCAUGUGGAUGAGAAGUCCCCAGAAACUUUUAAAAUGGCAGUAAAGGCCAUUACUUCAUGCUUCCCUAACGUCUUCAUAGCCAGUAAGCUCGUUCCAGUGGUUUAUGCUUCCUGGUCCAGGGUGCAGGCUGACCUGAACUGUAUGGAAGACUUGCUCCAGAGCCCAGUACCAUGGAAAUACUUCCUGAAUACAUGUGGGACAGAUUUUCCUAUAAAGACCAAUGCUGAGAUGGUCCGGGCCCUAAAGCUAUUGAAUGGAAAGAACAGUAUGGAGUCAGAGAUACCCACCGAGUACAAAAAACUCCGCUGGAAAUAUCACUAUGUGGUGAAAGAUACAUUGCAUAUCACCAGCAAGACAAAGGACCUUCCCCCAUUUAAUUUAACCAUGUUCACUGGGAAUGCCUACAUUGUGGCUUCUAGAAACUUCAUUGAACAUGUCUUAAAGAAUCCCAAAUCCCAACAACUGAUUGAAUGGGUAAAAGACACCUAUAGCCCAGAUGAACACCUCUGGGCCACCCUUCAUCGUGCCUCAUGGAUGCCUGGCUCUGUUCCCUUCAACCACAAGUAUGACAUCUCAGACAUGACUGCCAUUGCCAGGUUGGUCAAGUGGCAAGACCAUGAAGGAGACGUCAAUGAGGGGGCAUCUUAUGCACCUUGCUCUGGGACUCACCAGCGGGGUAUCUGUAUUUAUGGAGCUGGGGAUGUGCAUUGGAUGCUUCAGAACCAUCACUUGUUGGCCAACAAGUUUGAUCCAAAGGUAGAUGAUAAUGCACUUCAGUGCUUAGAAGAGUAUCUACGUUAUAAGGCCAUCUAUGGGACUGAAUUGUGA